AUGGAGUUUCUUCUGUUUGCCGCGAUGUUUCUUGGAGUCUGUUUUCCUUUCUUUCUUUCUUUCUUUCUUUCUUUCUUUCUUUCUUUCUUUCUUUCUUUCGUGUGUUCGCUCGUUCGGUCUUUCUUUCCUUCGUUCAUCCAUUCUUUUUUCUUUCGUUCGUUCGUUCUUUCUUUUUAUCGUGUGUUCUUUCUUUUGUUUGUAGCUUCUUUCUUUCUUUCUUUCUUUCUUUCUUUCUUUCUUUCUUUCUUUUCCUUCCCUUCGUCUUCUUUAUUUGUUUUUUCCUUUUGCAACCUUUCGUCUUCCCUUCUUAGCAUUUUAUAUGCUUCCGUUUCUUUCUUUCUUUCUUUCUUUCUUUCUUUCUUUCUUUCUUUCUUUUCCUUCCCUUCGUCUUCUUUCUUUGUUUUUUCCUUUUGCAACCUUUCGUCUUCCCUUCUUAAGCAUUUUAUAUGCUUCCGUUUCUUUCUUUCUUUCUUUCUUUCUUUCUUUCUUUCUUUCUUUCUUUCUUUUCCCUCCCUUCGUCGGCUUUAUUUGUUUUUUCCUUUUGCGACCGUUCGUCUUCCCUUCUUAAGCAUUUUAUAUGCUUCCGUUUCUUUCUUCUUUCUUUCUUUCUUUCUUUCUUUCUUUCUUUCUUUCUUUUCCCUCCUUCCAUUUUUAUAUGCUUGGUUUUUUUCUUCUUUCUUUCUUUCUUUCUUUCUUUCUUUUUCUCCUUCGUCUUCUUUUAACAAUUUUUUCUUUUUGCGACCUUUCGUCUUCCUUCUUAAGCAUUUUUAUGCUUCGUUUCUUUUCUUCUUUUCUUUCUUUCUUUCUUUCUUUCUUUCUUUUCUCUCCCUUCGUCUUCUUUAUUUGUUUUUUUCUUUUGCGACCUUUCGUCUUCCCUUCUUAAGCAUUUUAUAUGCUUCCGUUUCUUUCUUUCUUUCUUUUUCACCCCUUUGUCUUUCAUUCUUUUUCCUUCUUUGUUUUUCAUCCAUUAUCAUCACUUAUCUAUCAGUCAGUUCCUCUCUUCAUUUCUUACAACUUAUUUGCUUUUAUUUCAUUUGUUUUUCUUUCUUUUCUCAGCCUGUUUCUCAUACAGUCAGCUUUACUCAAAUAUCCAAUCAUUUCCUAGAAUCCUUCUUUCGUCUCUUUUUCAUAUUUUUUUCUUUCUUUUUCAUCAUUUUCAUUCUUUCUUUCAUUCUUGCUUUUUCUUUUCUUUUCUUUCUUUCUUUCUUUUUCUUUUCUUUUCUUUUCUUUCUUUCUUUUCUUUUCUUUUAUUUCUUUCUUUUUUUUUUUUUCUUUAUUUUCUUUUUUCUUUUCUUUUCUUUUUUCUUUCUUUCUUUUUUUUCUUUUCUUUCUUUCUUUUUUUUUUUUUUUUUUUUUUUUUUUUUAAAUUUCUUAAACAAAUUCUUUUUUUUUUUUUUAUUUUUUUUUUCUUUUUUUUCUUUUUUCUUUUUUUUUCUUUUUAUUUCUUUCUUUUCUUUCUUUUUUUUCUUUUUUUUCUUUUCUUUCUUUCUUUUUUUUUUUUUUUCUUAA